AUGGCUCUGCUAAAUUUGACGAUGGUUCUUCUGGGAUUUUUAUAUGGUAGGUUAAAUGUUGAGCUGUUCCAGUUUAGAUGCGUUCAGUGCUUGUUCCUUGAUCAAUGAAUCGUUUAGUGUUCAUUCUUUUCUUGCCUAGUGAUUUCCGUGGUUGACUGCAACUUAAUGCCUAGACAUCAAUGUUCCCCGCCUUAUGCUUCGGAAAAGAAAUUAGCAGGCAAUCCACUCAAGCCUGAUCACUUUAAACAACUUGGAAAAGUCCAAGACAUGAAAGAAUGCAUCGAUAAAUGCUGUGAAGUAGAACAUUGUGAUCUAGCAAUGAUGUCUUAUGGAGGCCAGAACUGUUAUGGAGUGGCUUGUUUCAGCCAGAACCUUUGUCAGAUGCUUCCUUCAUAUCCUACGAGAAUAAGUUUCGAUGUGGCACACGUGUCCAGAUAA